AAAUCUUACUAGAUCUGAAAGGUAUUAUUGAGCUCCUAGCUACUGGACAAUUUUCUGAUGAGACAUUGUGCUACUUGGAGGCCAAAAUAUCAGAACACAGGUGCUUGCUGAAAGAGUGUUUCCCAGAUUUCCACAUUCUCCCCAAACAUCACUUUUUGGAACACUAUCCUGAAAUGAUUCGUCGAUUUGGGCCUCUGACUGAUUUUUGGACUAUUCGCUUUGAGGCUAAGCACAAUUUCUUUAAGUGAGUUGUACAUGACGGCAAAAACUUCAAGAAUGUCUUGCUCACUCAGGCCAAAAAGCAUCAGCUUGCUUUGGCUUACUACCUUGAUUUGCCAAGUGUUUUCAAACCUGAUCUAGAAGUAGGACACGUUGCUGCUGUUUCACCUGACACACUUGAACAUUCAGUGAGGCAGGCCAUUCAGCAUAAAUAUGGAAACAUAAACACUCUAUUUCUUUCAACCCAUGCAUGUGUCUUCUGUACCAAGUACUCAAAGGGAAUGUUUCUGUCUGUAGGGCACACCAGUGGACUGCCUGACUUUGGCGAGAUUGUUAAAAUGAUAAUUGUGAACAACAAAUUGUCAUUCAUCCUCAAACUCUUCAAAGCAUGGUACAUAGAGCAUUUGCGAAGUUAUGAGCUGACGAGUAAUUGCACUCCUGAUCUGCAAGUUGUAGAACCCCAGGAGCUUAAUGGAUACCAUCCAGUCUAUCCAUAUGUAAGAGCUGGCAAGCUAUACAUUACACCAAAAACCUUCUUGCUUCACUAAGGUACAUUUGUUGAAAGGCACAUUAUUUUCCAGUUGUUUACAUUGAUUGAUGAUUGCAUCCUUUAAUGUGAUCACAUCUUUUUACUCUUUCCCUAGUUGCAGAGAAACCCAGGUACUUUCUACGGCUAUAACAAAAUGCUAUGUCGCAUGAUCAUCUCCCCACAAAACAUUCAAAAAGUUAGACUUGAUCCUGUUCCAGAUUCUGUUGAUGGCCUCAGGUUUGAACUUAAAAGCAGACUUCAGCUGAAAGACCCUUUUGAUCUUCAAUAUGAAGAUGAAGACUUCCAUGAUUUCUGUAACCUUACAUGUGUAGCUGAUCUGCCCAAAGACAAGGUGACACUGAAGAUUCUUUUCACCCCUUUUCCAGAUACAUUGUCAGACUCCAGUUUAGACACUGCAAUUUUAAGUGAAUUUUCAUCCACAUCAACUUCUUCACCCAGCAUCCAUUCAGAGCCAUCUGCCACCCGUUCGCAGCCAUGGCCAACAGCCUUUCCCAUUUUUACAUAUGAUGUGGAGUUAAGGCUAAGACAAGGUAAUGAGGCAUUUCGAAAGGAUGGAACACUUCUGUCAGUUCCCAGAGACAUGAAGAUUGACAUUCUAACCCAACUUGCAGAAACUAUAUACUCAUACAAAGCCUAUCCUGUAAAUGAAGAGAUUGAAAGUGUAGCUGCUGCCCUAAUUGAAAAACACCCCUGUCUCAAAGAGCCAAGCUCUGCAUCUGGAUGGUAUGGGUGGAAAAUUAGUUUGAAGUUUAAGAUGGGCAACUACAGACAAAAGCUGAGAGAUGCAGGUUGUCAGGAACUGAAAGUGAAUUCUGAAAAGAGAGGUCUUGGGGAGACAAGAAGAAAGCGAAACAAAGUGAAGAAACCUAGACGGUGUGAAACAAAUUUUCUUCCAGAUCUACCUCAGGGCAAAGACCAGGAAAGUCUAGAUAAGGAAAGAGAGCAAACAGCAGUGGAGAUGAAGAAGAGGACUACUGACAUCAGCUUUGUUGAUUCUGCUAUGAGCAGCACGUUUUCUUUGAGAAGACAAGAAGUUGUUGCGGAGGAGCCACCAGUGUCACAAAUGAAAGUUCGAUGGCCAACACUUUUCACAGAGAGACAGUUGAGCAAAGAAUUCACCAGGCUUGUGUCAAAAGACCUGAGCAAGUCCUUUUUUGAAGGCCUAGAUCAUCAUCUCUCGAAGCUGAUACAGUUAUUCAGGUCAAAGCGUUAUGAGGACAUUCCUGAAAUGACGUCAAUACUGCAGAGCCUUCAUAAGGAUACAACAAACCAAAAGAUGAGGACAGCAGCAUUGCUAGGUCUGCCAUGGUACAUGCGAGAGACUCCUUCAAAAUUCAUGAAGAUAUGCGAGCCCAGUGACCGUGAAGAGGAUGUGAUCAAGGGUGUGGUGAUUGGAAUUCUUGUGGUUGUGGAAAAUGUGAUGGAACCUCUCCCAGCAUUCUACAAUGACGAUGCCCUGGUGAUUGAGGAAGAAGUGGUAAUGCGUCACCUGACUGACAUACCUAAUGCUUUUCUGAACCUGAUGGGCCUGGUGUACGCAUUAAAUCUUGACUACCCAAAGGAACUAAAAUUCACUUUUGAAGUGAUACAGCGGCUGUUUAUUGGGAUUGGAUCAGACUCUUGCACCGCAAGAGUUCACUCUUUGAAGACCAAGUUGCUGCAAUAAGACAGAAAACAAACAAAA